AAAUAACAAAUUUCAAGCAAAAUGAAAUCAUUUGUUUUGCUCUGUGCCCUGUUCGGUGCAAUUGCUGUCCAGCAAUCAUUCGCCAAUGCCGGUCCCACAUCUCAUUUGGUUUGCUAUUAUGAUGGCAAUUCCUAUGUCCGUGAAGGCCUUGCCAAAUUGACAUUGGCCGAAUUGGAACCAGCUUUGCAAUUCUGCUCGCAUUUGGUCUACGGCUAUGCCAGCAUUAAUCCCAGCACCAACAAAUUGGUUAGCAGCAAUGAAAAACUUGAUUUGGAUGUUGGCACUGGUUUGUAUCGUACCAUUACCGGUUUGAAGAAGAAAUUCCCCCAUUUGAAGGUGUUGUUGAGCGUGGGUGGUGAUCACGAUGAAGUCGAUCCCGAUAGCAACAAAUAUUUGACUUUGUUGGAAUCUAGCAAUGCUCGCAUUCCAUUCAUCAACAGUGCCCAUGCUUUGGUUAAGACUUAUGGUUUUGAUGGUUUGGAUGUUGCCUGGCAAUUCCCCAAGAACAAGCCAAAGAAGGUCCAUGGUGGAUUCGGUAAAUUCUGGAAGGGUUUCAAGAAAGUAUUCACUGGCGACUUUGUUGUUGACGAAAAGGCUGAGGAACACAAGGAAGCCUUCACCGCCUUGGUUAGAGAAUUGAAGAAUGCCCUGCGUCCUGAUGGCUACUUGUUGGGUUUGACCGUCUUGCCCAAUGUUAACUCUUCGUUGUUCUACGAUGUCCCCGCUUUGGUCAACAACUUGGACUAUGUCAAUUUGAUGGCUUUCGAUUUCCAAACCCCUGAACGUAACCCCGAAGUUGCUGAUUUCCCCGCCCCCUUGUAUGAACUCAAUGAACGUAACCCCGAAUCGAAUGUCAACUUCCAAGUUAACUACUGGUUGAACAACCACUGCCCCGCUACCAAGAUCAAUGUUGGCAUUGCCACCUAUGGCCGCUCAUGGAAAAUGACCAAGGAUUCCGGUUUGACUGGUUUGCCACCAGUAUCGGAUACCGACAAAGCUGGUCCCGCCGGUGUCCAAACUCAAAUCGAUGGUCUCUACAGCUGGCCUGAGGUCUGCAGCAAAUUGCCCAACAAUGCCAACCAACACUUGAAGGGUGCUGAUCAACCUCUCCGUAAGGUCGGCGAUCCAACCAAACGUUUCGGUAACUAUGCCUACCGCUCGGCUGAUGAUAAGGGUGAAAAUGGUCUAUGGGUUGGUUAUGAAGAUCCCGAUACCGCUGCCAACAAGGCUGCUUAUGUCAAAUCCAAGGGAUUGGGUGGUGUUGCUUUGGUUGAUUUGUCCUAUGAUGAUUUCCGUGGUUCUUGCUCCGGUGAUAAAUAUCCCAUUCUACGUGCCAUCAAGUAUAAAUUGUAAAUU